GUCUGAUCGAUCAGAGACUGAGUUAAAAAUAGUGGGCCGACACAAUAGUAUUAGUAGUAAAAAAAGGCUCAAUCAAUAAAGGCCCCAACUCUUGAUUACAUCUAAAAUAAGAAUUUUGUUGCCGUCGUCGGUCAGAAACUAAACUUUGUGCCAAACUUAAAAACUAAUUUUGUGUGGGUUGAGUUCUCCCGACGACACUUUGUUUCGUUCCCUCUCGGUUUGAUCGAUCGGCCGGUGCCUGAUUGCGUUUUGAUUUCCGAAAUCUCCGGCCAAAGUUCAAUCUAGUAUGGCUGCAAAGGAACUGGUUUCUACCUCAAGCUUAGAGUCUAUCAUCACUGAGGAUCAUCACCACAUCUUGAUCCGAGCUAUGGAUACUAGGAGCACCAUCGAGAGAUUCCCAACUGUUGAGGACUCUGCUCUGCUUUCCAAAGACGAGGAGAUUGACAUUCUCUGGAGCCGCGUUAACACUGCUACAGCGUUGUUGUCCUACCUUAAGUCAAAAGCAACUUCUGUGGCUGCUGCCGAUUUAGCCAAUCUAUCUCUUGGAACUGACCAGCUCCAGUUAUCCCUCGAUGGCACUUUUGUCACUGAGAUGCUCAACCAUGUAGACACCGUUACAGGCGUCAUGGAGUCUCUGGCUAGGCGUGCUAUCAUCGCCGAAUCACAAGCCGCAUUCGAGAAAGCUAAGCUUAUAUCAAGUCAAGAAGAGAUUCAGAGAAAGGUUGGCCAAAUCGACAACAUGUCCACCAAACUAGAGGACAUGGAAAAGUUUGCUCUUGGGACCAGUAGUAUUCUCUGUGAAAUGCGGCAGAGGGUUGAUGACUUGGUCCAAGAGACUUCUAGACAGAAGCUUAGAGCUACCGAAAAUGAGCUGGAACUCAGUCGUGUCAGGAGAGACUUUGAGUCGCUUAAAUCCUAUGUUACAAGUCUCAUCAGCGUCAGAGAAACACUCGUCUCAUCCGAGAAGCAGUUCCAAACCAUCGAGAGACUUUUUGAACGGCUUGUUGCAAAGACAACGCAGUUGGAAAGCGAGAAAGUACAGAAGGAAGCAGAGGUUCAAAAACUAAUGGAAGAGAAUGUAAGACUGACCGCUCUUGUGGACAAGAAAGAGGCACAGCUUCUCGCCAUGAAUGAGCAGUGCAAAAUGAUGGCCCUAAGCUCUAUUUGAUGAAGAUUGCCUAUUUUUUCUUUCUUCCACAUGUAAUAUAUAUAUAAAAAAAAACCUCAUUUGAUACAACUUCCAUGUUUGUUGAUAUCCAAAAGGCAAAAAAAAUAAUCGUCUUGGAAGACUCUCUGUGUUAAUUGUACAUUCUCUGCAUAUAAAAUUGAACUGUGGUUUAUCUU